UUGAGCUCCCUAUUCAGAUUCACCCACCCGCCGGAGCCGGAUUCCGUCGAACCAAACCCUAUAACCGGUCGCCACUCCGACAGUUGCCGUCGUCGCCAUGCCCCGCCGCAGCCACUGCCAGAGCAACGCGCCCAUUGACCUCGACGGCGAGGAUGAGUGCAAGAGCAAGCGUUCUCGAACAAGUAGAACGCCAACAGCGAAGAGCUCAAAUCGCAUUGCUAGUAGCAAGAGGGACAAGACAAAUCAAGACAAACUGGAUACCCAUAUUUUUGAUCUAUACAUUGAGGAUCUUUGGAAGCACAUAGAUGAAGACAAGAAAAGUGCUUAUGCAUAUUUGGAUUCCUUAUGGUUUAACAGUUAUAUUAACGCGAGCGACGAAAAGAAAUCAAAAAUUCUUAGAUGGGCGAAGUCUCUGAAAAUAUUUUCAAGACAAUAUGUGUUUGUCCCUAUUGCUUGUUGGGGACACUGGAGCCUCCUUGUCUUGUGCCACUUUGAUCAGACAGACUGCUCAGAUACUAAAAAAGGACCACGCAUGCUUCUGCUGGAUUCACUUAAUCAAACAGAUCCGACAAGGUUGCAAUCAGAUAUCAGAAGAUUCAUUCGAGGUAUUUAUGAAACGGAAGGGCGGGAAGAAAGUGUGCACUUUAUAAACAAAAUCCGUCUUGAGUUUCCGAAGGUGCCACAGCAAAAUGGGGAGGAAUGUGGUAUAUAUGUUCUGUACUUCAUCCACUGUUUUCUUCACAGCAAAAAAUUGGCAGAGGUUCUUGAAAACAAAAAACUAGAUGAAAACUUCGGCCAGCUGUUUCAUGAUGGCUCAUUUGAUCCAGAGGAAUUUGAGAACUUCCGCAAGGAUGUUCAUUCAUUUCAAGUGAAAAGGAAUACCGCAGUUGAAGAUCAGGAUUGAUUGUAACAUCGCAAUGCAUAUAUGUAGUUAAUUAUUACGAGACGAUCGAAAGUUUCAACUUCCCUGGUGGCAAAUUUUGAGAAAGUUUGAAGGUUGUGGAGAAAGCUGGUGAUAAUAUACAGCUUAUGUAGCUCAGUGGAAGUUAACUGUUUGUCCGAAAAUCGAGCUUCAUGGCAGUUAGCAUCUAAUUACGGGCAUGGUAUGCGUAGAUGCUUCCUUUUUAGCAUUUUUAGAGGGUGUUUUAUGAUCUGUAUUUUGGGGUGUUCAAAUCCAAUUUAGAUGCAAAUUGUGGAAAUGGCCAAGAACUGCUGUAGUUCAUUUUUCUUUCGAUGAAUCUAAUCACUCCGGCAAAGCUUGUGCAAACAAUUGCCAUAGGGUUUCUAUGGAUUGGGC